AUGUGCGGCAUCCUCGCGCUCAUAUUGGCGAAUGCCAACUCGAACAACGCUGCCGUCGACCUUCACGAUGCGCUCUACCUCCUUCAACAUCGCGGGCAAGAUGCAUGCGGUAUAUCGACCUGUGCUCCUGGAGGACGGAUCUACCAGUGCAAGGGCAAUGGUCUUGCGGCCAAGGUCUUUCGAGAUGGCUCAAGAAUAAUGGACCUGCCUGGAUUCAUGGGUGUGGGCCACCUGCGAUAUCCCACAGCUGGCAGCAGCGCCAACGCAGAAGCGCAACCAUUCUACGUCAACAGCCCGUAUGGCAUCGUGUUCGCCCACAAUGGCAACCUCAUCAACGCGCCUGAACUCAAGCGAUUUCUCGAUUACGAAGCACAUCGUCACAUCAACACCGACAGCGAUAGCGAACUGAUGCUUAAUGUCUUCGCCAAUGAGCUGAACGAGACCGGAAAGGCCAGAGUCAACGAGAACGACAUCGCAAUGGCGCUCUCCCGCAUGUAUGCACGCUGUAAGGGCGGCUGGGCAUGUACAGCUAUGCUUGCUGGCUACGGCCUGAUCGGUUUUCGAGAUGCUUAUGGCAUUCGACCCCUUGUGCUGGGUGAGCGAGACUCCUCCGAAGGCUCUGGCAAGGACUACAUGAUGGCCUCCGAAUCUGUGGCGUUGGAACAGCUUGGCUUCAGCGUCAUCCGAGACAUACUUCCUGGCGAGGCCGUCAUCAUUGCAAAAGGCCUUGAGCCUCACUUCCGACAAGUCCAGGAACGCAAAGACUACGCGCCAGAUAUCUUCGAAUAUGUCUACUUCGCCAGGCCCGACUCUGUCAUGGAUGGGAUCAGUGUCCACCGCAGUCGGCAACAUAUGGGCGUUCGCCUAGCCGAGAAGAUCAAGGCUACACUCUCCGAGGCCGAGCUUCGCGAGAUCGACGUCGUUAUCCCAAUCCCAGAAACAUCCGUCACAUCGGCCUCUGUGGUCGCAAAAAUGCUGGACAAAGAAUACUGUCAAGGCUUCGUCAAGAACCGAUACGUCUUCCGCACCUUCAUCAUGCCCCAACAGAAAGAACGACAGAAGGGCGUCCGACGAAAACUCAACGCCAUGGCCAUGGAAUUCAAAGGCAGAAACGUCCUCCUCGUUGACGAUAGCAUUGUCCGAGGAACCACCUCCCGCGAAAUCGUAACAAUGGCCCGCCAAUCCGGGGCCCUCAAAGUCCACUUCGCCAGCUGCGCCCCACCCAUAACCCAUACACACAUCUAUGGUAUCGACCUGGCCUCCCCGUCCGAACUCGUUGCGCACAACUAUAUCGGCGAGUCCGCCAUUGCCGAACACAUUGGCGCCGACAGCGUCGUCUACCAGACCCUGGAUGACUUGAAGGCUUCCUGCACUGACGCCGCAAAAGAAGCGAACGCUACCACCGCGCCAACGAAUUUCGAGGUUGGCGUGUUUUGCGGGAAGUAUAUCACCCCCGUCGAUGAGGGAUAUUUCCAGCAUCUGGAAAAGCUCCGCGGCGAAAACAGGAAACUCAAAGUAGCGCAUGUUGCGAGACAAGCAGUCGCACAAGGCACCGCAGACGAAACACAGGUGCUGAUUGCGACGAAUGGAGUGGACGUUGCGGCUGAUGGGAAAGUUGUGCCUGCUUCCACAAACGGCACGCAUGCUCAUGCUGGAGCGCGGAUCCAGACGAACGGCAUCAAAGCUGGUGACGACGACAACGUGGACAAAUCGAGUCCAACUGUGCGGAUGAGUCAGGAUAUUUCGAUACACAACUACAACGACUUCCCGCCGGAUGGCUAG